AUACAGACUGAAUAGAGACCUAAGUACUUUACUUAUUGACUUAUUUAGGCUAAUUACUUACUAACUUUCUAUGUAACAAAUGGAGUGCAAUUUUGAGGUUAUUUUUUGUUUCUCUUUGAAAAAAAUAUACAUUGUUUUUCUUAAUAUUAGUUUACUUCAGUUGCUUAUUCAAACAAUGUCAUAUUUUCAGUAACGAAGCAUCCUACCUAGCAGAGGUUUUUGGCCCUUUCUGGAUGAUCAAAGUUUACCGCUAUGAGUUCCAGAAAGCCACAUGCUGCUUCUGCUGCCCUGACAAAGAGGAAGAGGUGGAGUUUGUGAUUGAUGAAGAUAUCAAGGGCUGCCAGAAGGUGAUUCACAACGAGAGCCAGAGAGUGGCUUACAGCUACUUCUUCUUCCACUUCGUCUUCUUCCUGGCCUCYCUCUACGUCAUGAUGACCCUAACCAACUGGUUCAGGUCAAUAUCUCACUCACUGGGCAUUGGACACCCCAGCAAACACACAACCACAACACAACGUUGUCUCGAUGUUGGCGUUACAUUAAAAUGAAGACACUUUACUUGAUGGCUCAAUCAUAAGGGCUACAUAACCCUGUCAUAAUAUAACAGAUGUCAUAA